AUGAUAUUGUUUUGCUGUUCUUGUUUAUUGCAAAAUGUUCAAGGAUCAAAAGUUUAUAGCAGGGAUUCAUUGAAUUCUUUUGUUUAUGAUUAUGCAUUCAAGAAAAUUUCAAGGUCUCGUACUGGAAAAUUGUAUGAUAUUUCACUUCCUUUGAAUUAUUCGGGUAUGGAAGUUUCGAUUCUCCGCAUGAGAACCCGCAGUUUAUGGAUGAAGGGCGCUAAUUUCAGUUUUUUUGAUAUCCCAACAAGGAUUUUGCCAUGGCCAUUUUCUAGGAGAGUUGUUUUAGUCUAUCAAAAUCUAGGUAAUUGGUCGACUUUGUAUUAUAACGUGUCGAAUUAUACUUUUGUUGCUCCUGUGGUCGGAUUGUUGGCUUAUGAUUCGAGUACUAGUUCACCACAUAAUGAACUGAUUGAGCUUAAUCUCAUGGGGGAUAAUCCGAUUGUCGUUCGUUUUCCUAAUGUUUCGUUGAGUGUGGGGAUGAAAUGUGUUCGGUUUAGUACUAAUGGCAUGGUGGAAUUAAGCAACGUUACCAGGAAUAAUUCAUGUAUGGCGCGUGGACACGGGCAUUUCUCUAUUGUCGUUCCAUCUCGACUAUCUGAUGAAAAGACGAAAGAGCGCGUUUGGAAGUGGUGGGUGAUUGGAUUUGCAGGAGGAAUUGUGGGAUUGAUCUUGCUUCUUGUGGUUAUGAUAGUGGUAUACAAAUUGACUAAAGGGGAAAAAAUCAAGAAAAUGGAGAGACAAUCUGAAAGAAAUGAGGUUUUGGAUACUAUUUGGAUUGGGAGAAGUAGAAUGCCUUCAGCUUCAGGUAUCAGGACUCAACCAGAACUUGAAAAUUCUUAUGUUCCUUAG